UGAAGACUUACUUGUUGUGCCCCACCUCCCACUAUUGGUGACGUCACGAAAGGACAAAUCAUUUUAGCGCGAGGUCAUUCGGCCUCUUCGAGCAGCCGGUUACAGUGAAGCGGAGGCGCCAUCUUAGGACACUGAAACUCCGCCGGCAGGACGCCACCAUGUAUCCCACUACACUGACGCAGAUCGCCCGGGCCAACCCGUUCAGCGCCCCCCUCUUCACCCUGCAGAAAGUGGAAGAACCCCUCCAGAGCCAUAAGGGCCAGAGGAGCCGACGAUUGGCAGCAGCUGCCACCGUAGACGAGGAAGUCAGCUGCGAGUUUGGCUCCUCAAAGUACUAUGCUCUGUGUGGCUUUGGGGGUAUCCUGAGUUGCGGCCUAACACACACAGCAGUGGUGCCCCUCGACCUUGUCAAGUGCCGUCUGCAGGUGAAUCCUGAUAAAUACAAGAGCAUUGGCAAUGGAUUUGCAGUAACGCUGAGAGAAGAUGGUGUCAGAGGUCUGGCAAAGGGCUGGGCUCCUACCUUCAUUGGCUACUCCAUGCAGGGACUCUGCAAGUUUGGUUUCUAUGAAGUGUUCAAGAUCCUCUACAGUGACCUGCUAGGAGAGGAGAAUACGUACCUGUGGAGAACCUCCCUGUACCUGGCUGCCUCAGCUAGCGCAGAGUUCUUCGCUGACAUCGCUCUGGCUCCAAUGGAGGCUGCCAAAGUCCGUAUCCAGACCCAGCCAGGCUAUGCUAACACCCUCAGAGAGUGUGCCCCCAAGAUGUAUGCAGAGGAGGGCCUCUGGGCUUUCUAUAAGGGAGUGGCUCCCUUGUGGAUGAGGCAGAUCCCCUACACCAUGAUGAAGUUUGCCUGCUUUGAGCGAACUGUGGAGCUGCUCUACAAGUAUGUUGUUCCUAAGCCCCGCAGUGAGUGCAGCAAACCUGAGCAGCUGGUCGUGACCUUUACGGCUGGUUACAUUGCUGGUGUGUUCUGUGCCAUCGUGUCCCACCCUGCUGACUCGGUCGUGUCUGUGCUGAACAAAGAGAAGGGCAGCACUGCUAUGCAGGUCCUCAAGAGGCUGGGACCCAAAGGUGUGUGGAAGGGUCUUAUUGCCCGUAUUAUCAUGAUUGGUACUCUGACAGCCCUGCAGUGGUUCAUCUACGAUUCUGUGAAGGUGUACUUCCGCCUGCCACGCCCCCCUCCACCUGAGAUGCCCGAGUCCCUGAAGAAGAAGCUUGGUCUUACAGAGUAACAUCUUGUCACUGAGCUGCAUUCUCCAGAAGCAACACAUUUAAACCCCCAAAUCCCUACAGCACACAGCAGCCACUGUAUUUAUGUCCUCAGCUCCUGCUGCUCUUCAGGGCCCAGGGGUGCUACUUCUCAUGUAUAUUUAAAAGCAAAACGGGCGAGAAGAUGGAGCCGUCACUUUUGGCUGAUCAAGGGUCUGACAUAAUUUUUCUCUGUAGAAACAUCAGUCUGGUUUUAUCAGUUCCUGUCCUUAGAAUAUUUGGAAAUUCUAAUUAAAUAUUUCCUGGAAAACA